AAGCACGCCGACUCUACAACGUCAAUUCGACAUACGGCAUUCAACAAAUGGCACCCAUUCAAUAUGCAGGGGCCUUGCAGCCAAAGAAGAAAGCAGAACUUGUCGAUAUAGCCAAUGCACUCGGUAUCAGCAAUCUUGGCACCAAGGAGGAUUUGCAGGGCAGGAUCAAGAAGCACCUCGAGGACAACCAGUCUUCGUUGGAGGAAGACCCUACGUUCACCGGUCUCUUUGGCAAACGGAGGCGCAGCGUUCAGCCGCCGUCAUCCACCACCAUUCAACCCGCCCCCGGUCGGUUCGUUCCGACUACCGAGAUGACAACAGAAGUUGUGGAGGAGGUCAAGAUCAAGGCUACUCCCAGCCCCAAAACCCGCAGCUCCCGUCGCUCUGAUAUGCUCUCCACCAUACGCGAACAGCCCUCUCUUCCUGAGAUGGCAGACGUGUCCAUGAUGCUUAAGAGCCCUUUGUCACCUCUGGCACCCGAGACGCCCGCGCGUAUACCUCCACCUGAGUACGUCGCUGUUGCAGCUCAGGAGGCAGAGGUCGUCUCCGCUCCUUCGUCAGCUCCUUCUUCGGCGGUUCCUGCACAGGCUGGAUCACCAUUUUCCCCACGUGUUAUACGUGAACUCAUAUCGAACCCUAACAUGGAGGACCUGAGCGUAGCUGUCCGCAGACAGCAUGAACAGAUCAGGCUUUCGGGCAGUGACCUUGUGCUUUCCACUCGCGCAUUCCUUUCCAAUUCGUUCAACAUUUGGUCCCUAACGGCUGUACUUGAAGCUGCCUACAUUAUCCGUGAGGUCGUUCCAUGGAGGUACAUUGAGAUCCCCAUGACAGCUACACCACUGUUGUAUGAUAAGAACUGGACGAUUGCGUAUCCUCCGCCGUCGACCUUUACAACCGGCGCGUUCUGGUCUGUCCUGCUGCACUGGGCGAUUCCCAGCCUCUUCCUGCCGAUCCUCUUUGGCACACUCGUCUCGUUCAACCCCAACAACACGGUAGAUCGGCGAUCGUCCGCCACACCCGUUCUCCCGUUCGAUCCGCUCACCGCUGCGAUCGUGCGCCUUGCCGCGCAGUACGUGUACCCAUAUGACCUCACCUCCAGCGGCAUCAUCGGUGCCGACGUUAUCGGCCGCCAGUGGCGCGUGCUCAACGCUGCGCUGGGCGUCGCGUUCGCGUUCGUCGAGGCGAUCUACAAGGCACCCGUCUUUGCGCAGGCGGACCCGCGCAACAUCCAGCGAAGCAUAGAGCCGCUGGCGUCGUCCAUCUCCGAGGCUGGCGACAGCUAGAUGCACGUCUCUGUGUACCCUGGUCGUUUCGCGUCACCUCUUUUCUUAGUACUCGUGUUCGUUCCUCCGCCAAAACGACUUUUAUGACAUGACCAGCUUGAUCGACUUCGCCAUGCUCUGUUAAUUUCUGUGCUUUCGCGCUAUUUAUCGUUCAUUUUAUUGCGGGCCCCGCUCGCGACGUGAUGAUCCCUCGAACGAUUAGGACGGAUAGUCUUGGUUCUCCUUCUAUCUUCUAUCUCAGCUCUGUGAGCACGCGCCCUUUAGAUAAUGACAGUUCACGUAGCGCUUGUUUAUGCUCUUGUCCUAUGUUCCCGACUUUAUGACAGGCUCUUACUCCUAUGCUGCAGCGAUAGUUCUCAUUGUAUUAUCUCGUGAUACCUCUGUUUUCUUGCGUAUCAGAUUCGAC